AUGGCUGCGUACAAUAACAUGGGCAGCUGGUUCAGCAUCGACAUCCGAAUGGAUUCGGACAUUUUCGUAGGCGCUCGGAAGUACGCAGGUUUCUACCCCUACUGCCUUGGUGAAGUGGAUUUGAAACGAUUGUAAAGUGAUUUAGCUAGCGCCGGUUCUGUCCUUAUUUUAUUAAUACUGCACGCAGCUUCAGUGUUACGUGGUACGAUUCAGCGAGGUUAAAGAAGAAUGCAUUUUGCGGAUUUUGCAGCCGGGUCGAUCGGAGGAGCCCUAGGUGUGUUCGUGGGUUACCCCUUGGAUACAGUCAAGGUGAGACUGCAGACCCAGAGACACUACAAGGGGCUAUGGCACUGUGUUCACAGCAUCUACAAGACAGAGAGACUCAGUGGCUUCUUCAAAGGCGUGUCCAUGCCUGUGUCCACGGUGUCGGUGAGCUCGUCCGUGGCCUUCGGCACCUACAGGAACUGCCUGCAGUGCAUACAGCAGUGCCGCUACAGGAGUGGGGAUGCCAGGCCGGCUCACCUGGAUUUCUUUCUGUCUGGACUGGCAGCUGGCUCUGCACAGGUUGUGGUGAUGUCGCCUGCAGACGUAGUUAAAGUGCGACUGCAGACUCAGACGCAGCCUGAGCACGCUGUGCAGGGCUCCACCGCGAACGUGAAAGUGAAAUACCAAGGCCCCCUGCACUGCAUGGCGACUAUCGUCAGGGAGGAGGGCGUCUUUGGGCUUUACAGGGGGGCCCAUGCAAUGAUGCUCAAAGACGGGCCAUCGUUUGCUACCUACUUUCUAACCUAUAAUAUCUUCUGCGAGUGGCUGACACCGGCUGGGCAAAAGCAACCAGAGUGGUCAGGGGUGCUCCUGGCUGGAGGCUGUGCGGGGACGUGUGCCUGGGGUUUAGCCACCCCCAUGGAUGUGAUCAAGGCUCGGCUGCAGGCGGACGGCUUGGGGAAGAGAAGGUACAAUGGAGUAGUGAACUGCAUCACGCAGAGCGCCAGGCAGGAAGGGGCCAGGGUCUUCUUCAAGGGGCUGGGUCUGAACUGCGCCCGCGCUUUCCCAGUCAACAUGGUGGUGUUCGCUACAUACGAGAUGGUGCUGAAAUUAAUCCCAUAGCAAAACGCACACACAAGACGGGGCUCCGCACUGUUACGCAACUGGAAUCAGCUGUUAUUUCAAAGCAAGGAAACUGCUUGUGUUGCAGCGUUUUCCAAAGCUGGAGACGUAUUCAUGCAAUGUGCCUUUGCCAGCCACUUUAUCAAAUUGCACAUCGUUGAAGAAUCGAGAAAUGAUUAAAUAAAAUAAGGCUUCAGAGUAUAUCACUGCACUGAGAGAUUUCCGUGCAUCAGAAGCAUGGAGUUUGGGCACAAGGCUUGCGUGUUAAAAACACACACAGGAUUUCCUAUAGAAACUUGUCUUCACCUACCAAUGACAUUUCACAAAUAAUUCAAAACUGUGAAAUAUGCAGCUAAAGCAUUUCACCAAUCUGCCCUUGGUAUUUUAUUUAUUUAUUUCUAAAAGAGUUUGAAAAGAAUUGAAUUGUACAAAGAGUGUUUGUAUUUAUAUUUGAUCUAACCUACUAUUUAAAUAACUUGUAUAUUUAAGCAUAUUAAAGGUUUUAAAAAAACCAAACAUGGU